AUGCCCCGUGAUGGUCCCAUGUUUACGAGCCUACGAGGCAAAAGCCAGCGACCUUUGUCUUCAACCACAUCAGAGGUUGCGCGGAGUAAUAACCUAACGAACGCGAAUAGCAUCCAGCUGAGUGCUGGUAAUUUGACUGUGGGAUCUAAUCAGAAAUCUGGGCAAUAUGGUAAUGGGAGGACGGAUGGAAGCAGGGGCGCUGGCGUCUCUGCGAUGCAGAAGCCCUCAGCUUCAAUGGCGAAAGCGGUAAAUGUGGAUAAGUCUCCCAUCCCAGAAUCGCAUGCUGGUGGUCGUGAGAGGGAGAGAGCCAUCUUGAAGCCUUUGGAACUGGUAUACCAUGAGCCGCGAUACUCAAGCGAUUUGGUCAUGAUCAACCUGUCAGACUUGCCAGAAAUCUCGGAGGGAGAUAUAUGCGAGCUGAGAACGUACCACAAGGUUCCUGGAGCCAAUGGCCGCAAGAUUUAUUUCGUGGCCAAGGAUUUCGACUCUGAGACCAAGAGAAGGAUUAAGAGUCCUCAAGUUUCGGUUUUGUCAGGACAAUUGCAAUCGCUCUUGGAUCUGCCAGCCAGAUCAAAAGUAUGGUUGAGAUCAAAGCAGAAAGCAAAAUGCGAAGCUGAUCUUGUCGAACUUAACAUAAAGGAUUGCCUCCUAAACAGGGGCGAUAUGUGGUGUUUUUCCUCUCAAUUGGUUGGAACCUGCGUAUUUUCAAGCCAAAGGUUGACCUUUCUCAGCUCAAUUCGAGCCACCGUCAGAGGAGUUUACAGAGAAGGUAAGAAGAUACUUUCAGGAUACAUUGGUGAAAAGACAAGAGUCGUGUUUCGAUCUGAGAGUGCGCGUCUAAUAUUUCUGAUUCAGAUUACUGAUGAAAUGUGGAACUUUGAAGAAUCUGGUGAACAGCUAUUUCAAAAGAUGGUUAAUUCUCUGUUCCCGAAAAUAUUCAAGCGCUGGAAGGACAUUGACACGCAUCAUAGCAUUACGAUUGCAUUUGCAUCGUCAGUUGAUUUCUCAGAUGUGCCAUUUAGAGAGCUGAAGCCCGGCGAGAUAUUGAAGAAUACAACUGAUUUUUUUAGAAUAGUAGUCGAUCAGGUUCAUGUGAUUCAUUGGGUGGAAAUUAUGGAAACCUUGAGGCGAGAAUUCAUGCGACUGACUAAGGAUAUCUUAAACGUGAUGACUGAAGAAAGGCACAGUGUCAUUAAGGGGAGAUUUUCGCCAGUAAUCAAGUCGAACAUUCUCGAGCUGGUUAACUUUGCUACGACGAUUCUAACAGAUCCUUUCAGGCAACCGGAUCUACGACAUACAACAACUCAUGUUAUUAUUAUUAGUCCCGGUUCUGGACUCUACGAUGUGGACUAUGAUUUACUCAAAUUAACGGGAAAAAAGCUACUAUCGUUGGAAAUGAACAUGGAUUUGGUAUGUCUUUCACGAGCUCCGUUACAUGUCGUGCCACUGUUCAGGUAUUUAGAUUAUGAUCGAAAGAUCCAUCAUUGUAGUCCAACCUGGUUGAGUAUCUUUUAUUGGAAUGACUCCUCUGAGGGCUGGUAUCCAAGGUGUAAAAUUUACGACCUGCAGAUGAUGGGCCUCACGGAGAAUGACGUUAUGCAAGAAGUGCAUGUGGAAGGUCUGCAGAUUAAAAAAGAUAAAAAGACCAUUAAGCAGUUCAUGGAAAGCUACGAUAAUUCAGUUUUCCACUGCAAAAUUCCAAGCUCAGAUCCAAUUGAUAACUAUCCGAUGCGCGUCCCUGGCAAGAAGCAAUCAGACCCUAACAAUAGGUCACGAGCGAAUACGAGCUUCGAAUGGAAUGCCCCGAAAGUUGCGGAUGCUGUCCUUGAAGAAGUACAGAAAACUAAGGUUCUGGCGAGCCUCUAUACAGUAAGAAAUGAUAGUUAUGCUGAUACAACAGAGAAGAGCAAGACAUUGAGUCCUCUAGGAACUAGAAGACAAACUGCCGUCGAUACGCUUAAAGGGAUUACUAGGAAAACUUCCGUCAAAGAUUUUACUCACAAGAUUGUAAACCGAUUGAUGCCUGGAUGGGAUAGGGAUUCGGCGAAGGAAAGUAGUCUGGUUGGUCCAUCAGCCGCAGCUGCGACGGUUCCUAAGUCGACUGAAGGAGACUUGAAUGAAGAGAAUAUGACACAGUCCACACCUAAACUUUCCAGUCCAACAAUCGUAAAGACUUUAGAUGCCUUAAAUCAGCGAGAUGGACGUAACAACAUGUCUCCCGUCUACAACCAUUCAAUUCGUGGGUCUGUCAGUACUCUGAACUCACAAAAAGAAAGUGCGCCACUUCCGAAUGAAAGGAAAACGAAUUCAAGCAGCAGAGGGACCGAUGGCGAAAUCAUCGAGUCGAUUGAUGCUAACUGGAUAGAGGUCAAAAAUCCCUCUCUUCCGGUGAGUAAUGAGCUGGCAGGACAAAUGCUGCCUCCCCGAUGGAAUGACGUAUUACCGCGAUAUGUUGCGAAGAAGUACAGCAAAUGGCGGUCUUUCACGACUCCGGCUGAUUUACCCAUUACUAUAUCCAGUUUUCCUUCCAAGAAAGAUUUUGAAAGUAACUUUAUUCUCAGAAACCAUUCAGUAAUGUUAAAUCCAGAUCAGGAAUCUUCAUCUCGGAGUUAUAAACACCUUUUACGUGACCUAGUCUAUAUGAGACUUGUGACUGGCUUUCAGAUAUGUGUUGGCAAGCAGGCUAAAUUAGUCGAGCUGAGCGACAAUCAAGGUAGUACCGAAAAUCCUAUUGCAAAAUACAUUGGAGACAAAUGGACAAACAUUAAGAUCUAUAUGAUGAUAGACUCCGAGAUACAUCGUCUUUCUUGUGGGAUUGAUGGUGUUAUUGAUGUCCAACGGUACAUUAGGAAAAAUGAAGAAAAUCCAUACGAGCGAGUCCCCACCUAUAUACCGCUUGUCAAGACAAGGUACGAAAAUGCCUACCGUAGUGCUGAGAUUGACCCAUUACAUGCGACUCGAAGCUCAUUCAACUGGAAUCAAAUUGAUCAAGUCAUAGCAGGUUAUGGAGACUGCGGUUUUAAUAAGAAAUCCUAUGGUUUCAGAUCCAAGUUGGUUGUGUUGCCUACAGAUCUCCCUUCUAAGACUUUCUCUUCUGUAAUCAAUGGUAGGAGCGAGACAUUGACACCAGAAGAAAUACGAUUAGAAGGUCUGAGGAGAUUGAUUUCUUCAAUCAACAGGAUCAAACAACGGGCGACCAAGGAGAAAAGUUGCCACAAUACGAAGAGGGAGGAGAUUCAGCAAGAAAUCAAAUUUUACACUGGCUCACUGUUUGAUUUCAUUAACGAGCAAAAAGAAUCUCUUGAAAGAUCUGCGCUAGAUUUCAAGGAUUCCAUUUUCGCCGAUGACAAGACACAAAUAAAGAAAGAUGUUGAUUUAAACACAUUAUCUCAAAAAUUACAGCAGGGAAGUAAUCCCUUGCCUUUGUUCAAUCGUAAAUGGCAUUGGAAGAAACAUCAAAACAGUUUCAUAGGCGCCGAGAUGGUCAAUUGGUUAAUAACCAAUUUUGGUGAUAUCAACACGCGUGAGGAGGCAGUCGAGUACGGACAAAGCUUAAUGGAGAAAGGUCUAUUUGUUCAUGUGUUGAACAAGCAUGGGUUCCUGGAUGGACACUAUUUCUACCAGCUUUCGCCUGAAUAUGUUGUUGAUCAGAAGAAAUCUGAGAAGGCAACUCCUGAGGACAAACCCAUUACCGCCAGUAAACGUAGUAAGAGAGGGGACUCGGUAAGCAUUUCUUCUGAAAGCAAUACAGGCGCUUUUUCGGUGACACUCAGCGGUACAAACUCCCACAUAUCACAAGAUAGCGCAUCCGAAUUAAAAGAUUCGAGGGAUGCGAAGAAGAAGCCAAUCGUGAUGCUAAGUUCAUCGGUGGUAAUAAAUGUUGAUGUAGCCAACAAGUCUUACAAGCCAGAGAUUUGUACUGUUCAUUAUGACAAAGUUCACAAUCCUGAGCAUUGUUUUCAUAUUAGACUGGAGUGGUUGACUACGACGCCAAAAUUGCUAGACGACCUAGUCGGUAAUUGGUCUAGACUCUGCGAGCGCUAUGGUCUAAGACUGACCGAAAUUCCGUGGAAGGAGCUUUGCGCCAUACCGUCCAUCAACCCUUUUCAUUCUUUCGUCGAUAUAAAGCUAGCAAUAAAUCCGUGGGAAGAUCCAGAAUUCAAGGACAUUGAAGUGCUCGCGACUAGUAAGUUUUAUUACCACAUGUAUCUACUCAAGGCUUCGGGAUUUCUGCUUGACAAUCGGGCCUCAACCUUCCUGCAAGAAAGUGAAUGCGAGUUUGAAAUUGUUUAUUCAUGGGGGACUCCAGAAUUCAAGUAUGCUCAGUAUAUUCACAAUACUGGCGCUUACAUUGCGGAGAUCAGAUCCAACGGAAAUCUUUUCCUGGCUCCAAAUAAUAUCUAUCUCUCGCGCGUAAAUCCUGGAAACGUUGUGGGCAAGUCGCAAACGUCACCUCAGUAUGCUCUUGAUGCUCAGCGAGUCAUGUUAGAUUUCAGAGAGACUUGCACAGACUACGAAAAGCUGAGAACGAUCUUACUAGAGGCAAAAGAUAAUUGGUUCAAGGAACAGUUUUAUGACGAAUUCUGA